AUGUCCCGCAGCGGUGGUCGCGCGGCGACUGAAAAGGGUUUAGGGAAUGCUAAUAGCAGUCAACUGGCCGAGACAAGUGGCCAAAGCGGAUACGCCCAUCCCUUUUGGUACGUUAAUACGCAGAUGCCACCGGAGUAUUGGGACUACGAGAAUGCCACACUUGAGUUCAACAGUGAUGAGCCGUACGAGCUUCUGCAGAAAAUUGGUCGUGGAAAAUACUCGGAGGUGUUUCGGGCGCGCAGCCGGCACAACGGGGAACUUUGUGUGCUGAAGAUCCUUAAACCAGUGAGGGUAAAGAAAAUAAGAAGGGAAAUCACUAUCCUGCAAAACCUCUGCGGGGGACCAAACGUCGUGAGGCUGCUUGACGUUGUCAUGGUUGAACAGGAGAAUACGCCUGUGCUUGUCACAGAGAACAUAGAACCAGCUGAUAACUUCCGUACUCUCAUGAACAGCGGUAGUCUCACAUCUUUUGACAUGCGCUAUUACAUGUAUGAAAUACUGCGCUGUCUGCAUUUCGCUCACAGUCGAGGAAUAUUUCAUCGCGACAUCAAACCGCAGAACAUCAUCAUUGACCACCGCCGCCGCAAGCUUCGUAUCGUAGACUGGGGCCUUGCAGAGUAUUACAUUCAUGGCCAAGCGUAUAACUUAGGUGUAGGGACUCGACAUUUUAAAGGUCCUGAGCUUCUUGUGGGAAUACGGCUUUAUGAUUACUCUUUGGACAUGUGGAGUGUUGGUUGUGUCCUUGCCGAGUUACUCUUCCGGGUGUUUCCUCUUUUCCGUGGAGAAGAUAAUGAGGACCAACUGCAUCAGAUAGCAAGCGUAGUCGGCACAGAAGAUAUAAUGCGCUACGUUCAAAAAUAUGAUGUUUCACUCCCUCGACACCUGGUUGACAGGGCCCUUUCCACAAAAUAUCCAAAGAGGCCGUGGAAAUCAUUCGUCACCACCCGAAACAUAGAUUGGUGCGAUGCAAAUGGGUUGGACCUGCUUGACAAAAUGCUGCAGGUCGAUCAUCAGGAACGAAUUCUUGCCUACGAUGCAAUGCAGCACCCGUUUUUUGAUCCAGUACGCAAGGUGUUGCAGGGAGACCCACAGGAACAGUACCCGAGGCGCAGAGGUUAG